GAAGUAAAGAAACCUCAUACCUCACCCAAACAAAAAGUCGUUUGGAGUUCGUGGAAAGAAGUUGAAUAAUUUAAGUUAAAUUCUUGACCACGAUGGAUCGGGAGGCGGAACACCUGCCUGAGUACAAGAGGAUGCAUCAUCUGACUUAUCGGAGGAAUUGUCGCGUGGUGACUGUCGUUUGGGCGAUCUUCUCCGCCUGUUUUGUGAUCCUCAAUGCUGUGGCAUUCAUUCAACCCCAGUGGCUAGGGGAUACGGAGACAUCCCCAGGGGUGGGGUUUUUCGGUCUAUAUGAAUACUGUGAACGCCUUCAGGUGGGAGGAGAAUAUAGCUGUCGGGGAGAUUUCUUAGACUUUACAUCCGUCACUAACGAUUCCUUCCGUGCUGCCAGCAUGCUAGUUGGUCUAUGUAACCUGUUGUUUAUUUUUUCUGUCGUCUGCCUGCUUUUGUUCUGCUUCUUGAAAGCAGCCACGGUUUUGAGAAUUUGUGGAGUUCUACAGGCGAUUGGAUGUGUGUGCAUGGCUUUGGGAUGCAUUAUUUACCCUAAUGGCUGGGAUGAUGCGAUGGUUCUAAGGACGUGCGGUAAGGAUGCUGGGAAGUAUCGAGUCGGACAGUGUCAGGUCCGCUGGGCGUUUAUCCUCUCUAUAGUACUGGUCUUUGAUGCCAUUGUUCUCGCUGCUCUGGCGUUCAUCAUGGCUGCCAAACAGGCAAACCUCCUACAGAAAUCUGAGUACCGCAAACAAAAAUAUUUAAAGUAAAAAAAAAUUAUCUAGAAAAAGCUUCAUUUACAAAUGGAGGUUUCACUGAUAUAACACCUGCUGAGGAGAAACCUGUGAUUACAGAGACAGUCAUUGCAGACCAGGGGUCAGAGGUCGUUGAUGACAUCAGACUGUAGGGGGCGGAGGACAUUGUUAACAAUGGUUAAAAAUUAUCACAAACUUAAAUAUCAUCAUAGUCUUAGAGCAAAUUAAUUAAAAGAAGACAAUAAUUAUUUGGGUUUUUUCUUCAAAAUACAUGAGUAUACAUCUUAGGGGAAAAGUCAAGCAGCACACCAUCUUGUUUUCUUCUAUGUAUUUAUGUGAUGGAAGAUUUUACACAAUUCUUGACAUACAAUUUUUAUUCUUAGUCUAUUGAUACAUUCUAAAUGACAUGAUGAGCAUUAACCAUGUUAACAUAUAUGUAUAAUACUUUAAAAUCAUUGUAGUGUAUAAUUAAUUUUUGUUUUGAAUGUUUUCCUCUAAACCCUACAUGAAAUUGAAGAUAUCACUACCACCUUUUAGUAGUCGGGUAAAUUGUAUUUUUAAUUUAUUGAAACCAAAGAGAUUAUUUUCUUUUCAAGAAAGCAAGAAUUUUCAAACAAAAUUUGCUAUGUGUUGAUCUGUUGAAAUUUUACGUGAUCUAGAUUGAUUGUAAGUAAUCGUGGCAAAAUCCUUAAAAAACAACUGUUUUUUGAUGCAUUGUCAUUCAAAUCAUUUCUAUACAUUAAGACUGAAUUGAAACUGUACAAUGAUUAAAAGCUUAUUUGAUUUAAAAAUUUGUAUUUUGGUUUGUACACAUCAUAUUUUCCACAUAAUCAUAUCAUUCACUGUAAUGUGUAAAUAAUUCUUUUAUGGUUUAAUCGUAUUUUAUUAGCAUAUAAUUUUCAUUCAGUUUAUUUAUUUUCAUUUAAAAAAAAGAGGAAAAGAAAAAGAUGUUUGCUUUUUUUCUUAGAUUUAAUUUUUUUCAGUCCGAGAAAAUAUCCACAUUCCAAACUUCUUUAAAACUACUACUUGAAGCAUGCAUAAUACAUGUUAUUUUUGUAGCAAAUAAGUUUUAAAAAUUUUGAUUUAAAAUUUUGCAGGUUGUGACUUGUUUUACCAUACAAUUGUUUGUGUGUAGAUUAUAUAUUGCUUUUCUUAGCCUUUUCAUUAUAAUUUUGUUGUAAAGAUGUAUUUGUAAAAUUACUUCAUUUGGCAGAUUGAAACUGCUGUUUGGUAUGAAUAUUGAUAUAUUAUUAAAUGUAUUUUUUGUUUGGAAAAUAGAAUAUAUUUUCACA